CAGGUCUGUGUUGGUUUCAGUCGACUCAGUCUCCUGAACCUGAUCAUGGAUCUGCUGUGGAUGCUGCUGCUGAUGGUUCUGGUUCGUUCAGAGGCUGAGAAGGUGAUGGAGGUCAGAGGAGAGCUGGGUCAAGAUGUUACUUUGCACUGUUCCUUUAAAUUUUAUGACAUCUUCUGGUUCAUGGAGAUCCACAACAAGAUCAGAGCACAAAUUGGACAAACUUUUUCCACAUCACUUUCUGACUACAGCUCUCCUGACUUUAAAACUAAAUAUUCAAUGAUGGAAAACAGACUUGUGAUUAGAAACGUCUCAGCAGAGGACAGCAGGCUUUACUUCUGUAUGUUCCUGUAACUCCACCCAGCAGUACAGUUACCUCUAGUCCGACUGAAGGCCCAGAAAAGCUACUGAAAAACCCUGUUGUUGUGACCUCAUUGACUCUCACUGUGCUGCUUUUAGCUCUCGGAGUUUCUUGUGUUUGUUUUGGGAAAAAGAGUUGCUGCAGAGUGAAGAACCAUCAAGAACCCAUCAGAGAGAACCUGGAGAUGCAGACUCCUCAGUACGAGGAGAUCCAYGUACCUCCACCUCCACCUCGUGUUYCUUCAGACUGUAUUUACUCCAAAGCUCAGCAUCCUUACCCCAGGCUGCCUCACUACUGACAGACUCACCUGGACAGCUGGACUGAACAGAGUAUAUUAAAGUACUUGAACAAAGACGACUUCAGGGAAAAAAAGGAUUUUGUUCUGCUCAKGAAAAAGAACUUCUUCAGAAUUUCUGGACAUUGAAGCUGAGAGGAAGGUUUCAUGAAUUCCCUGUUAGAUUCAGUUCAGAAGACGUAAACUCAGACAAACACUGGGGCUUUUUGUCGAAGCUGAAGUGACAUUAUUUAAAGAUGGAUUAGAAUUUAWGGAGGAUAAAGUUUACAGGAAGCUGUGACCUGCUAUUAAUGCAUUUUAACUUGUAAAGAUAAGACAAGACAAGAUAAAACAUUAUUGAUCCCACAGUGGGGAAAUUUGAACAUUACAGCAGCUCAAAACAGUGGAGCUGCAGUAACAGGUUGCCUGCUGUGGUACCAUCCUGGAAACUAAAAACCACACAAGGGAAGGGAAGAUGAGGAAAAAAACAAAAAUAUCAUAUUAUAUCAACACUGUGACACUAUGGAGUUUAUAAGAAAACAACCUCUGCAUAGGGCAGAUUUAUUAGCCAGAGGAGUAAUUGAGAUUAGGGGGCCCGAAGAAUCCAGUCCCCAAAACCAGUGCAGCCAUAGUUCAGAAAUAUUGAUGGUGAACUGUUCAUACUGUGUGGCCCUCAGCCUGCUCAGAAAACCAGAUCAAACGGGAGUGGGGGGGCAGAGCCUUGUCGACGUGUUACGUGUUCCAGCCAGGAAAGAUUUAGUCAACAGCUCAAGGCCGUUGUCGGGGAGAUCCAGAUUCUGUAAUCAGUUGUUUUGGGAACAAAAGGGACAGGCAKACAAUAACAAUUUUCCAU